AUGUCCCAGAAAGGCGCCCCCGGCGACGCUAAGCAAGAGUUGCAUUUUGAUAACGACAGCCCUGUCAGAUGGAGAUCGCUGAGUGGUGGGGUAUUCCGAAGUCAACCACACAUGGAUCGAGGUAUCAUGCGCCAUAUUGGCUGCUUAUUGGUCUCGAGCUCACCAGACCGCACUUUGCUGACCUGGGGUAAGGAUCAUCUGGGGUUCGAGGAUAUUUUGUCCCCGGAUACGCUAUAG